AUGUACAUAAGGGAACAGGACGAAGAUAUAUCCGCGGAACCGGUCGUUUACAUAUGCGGAGAAUGCGGAAUAGACACCGUCAUAGCGCCCAACGCCUCCCUGCGAUGCAAAAACUGUGGGUCGAAAAUCUUUUUCAAGAAAAGGAGCAGAAGAGGUAAUGACGUUUCCUACAAAUCAUGCAGUAUGAAGCUCGCUAAACGUGCCAACCAUCUUUUCGCCAUGAUGGGACACUGA